AUGGCUGCCCCGAUAGAGAUCCCUGGCCCCACGUCGCCACUGGCCGUGGGGCUGCCACAGCGUUAUCUGGUGCUUCCUACGUUUGAGCUCGAGACGGGCGAGGUCUUGCGCCAAGUGCCGGUCGCCUUCCAGACUUGGGGCGAGCUCGACGCGGCGCGGACGAAUGUGGUGCUGGUCUGCCACCCGAUCUCGGGCAAUGCGAACGCAGCUGAAUGGUGGGAGCCGCUGUUCGGCGAGGGCCGCGUGCUGGACCCGACGCGCUACUUUAUCGUGUGCUGCAAUGCGAUCGGCUCGCCGUACGGCACACUGAGCCCCCUCACGCGCAAGGGCGGCGAGCUCUUUGAAGACGGGCGCUGGGUGUGCGCGCCGCACGUUCACGCCCCCCUCGAGCAGGACUCAGAGACGUGGUGGGGGCCCGACCUGCCUACCACGACGGUCCGCGACGACGUGCGGCUCCAAAAGCACGUGCUAGACUACCUCGGCGUGCAGCAGCUGGCCUGUGUGAUGGGCGGCUCGAUGGGCGGUGCGACGGCGCUCGAGUGGCCGCUGUGCUUCCCGGUGCGUACGCCAGCCUCGCGCGAUGCCCUCCUGCACGCAACACAAGACGAUACGCCCUACGUGCGCUCCAUUGUCGUGCUGGCCGCCUCGCCACGUCACUCGGCGUGGUGCAUCGCAUGGUGCGAGAUCCAGCGCCAGGCCAUCACGGCCGAUACCCGCUUCCGCGGUGGGCACUACCUGCUGCGCGAGCCGCCGUCUGGGGGCCUCGCAGCCGCCCGCAUGUGCGCGCUCAUGACAUACCGCCAGCCCCAGAGCUUGGAGCGCCGCUUCAGCCGCUUGCGCGGCAAGUCGAAUCUCGCACAGCCGGGCGAAUCGCAGGCGUCGUCGCUCAUGGAGGAGGGCGGCGAGGAUAUCACGCCGUCACCGAACAUCACGCAGCCGCAGGCACGCGAGCAGUACGCGGUGCAAUCGUACCUGCACCACCACGGCGCCAAGUUCCUCGCGCGCUUCGACGCGCUAUGCUACGUCCACCUGUCCGACAAGCUCGACGCGCACGACGUGACGCGCGACCGGACAGCAUGGGCCAAGGACGCACAGAGCGACGCGGACGUGCUCAGAGGUGUCCUGCGCCACCUCGGCACGUCGCCAGUCAAGCCGCACGUCCUCGUCCUCUCUGUCACCUCGGACAUGCUGUACACGCCGGAGGAGCAGAUGUGCAUCCACAAGUCGAUUCCCGGCUCGCAACUCGUGCAUAUCGAGUCGACGGAAGGCCACGAUGGCUUCCUGAUCGAGUACCCCCAGAUCCAGCGCGCGAUCUACGCGUUCCUCGCGCAGCUCAAGGGCGCCGCUCUGUAG